AUGGUGCUCCCUCUGCCCUGGCUCUCUCGGUGCUGUUGUCUUCGCCUCCUUCUGCCAUCCUGGUCCUUGGUACCUCAGGGAUCCCGGGGGUGCUAUUCUCAAAACCCCAAGCCAAGUACAGAAGAGACCAGCUCCAGGGGCAGUGGGAAGAUGGGAUCAGCCCCCAAGGGUCCUCGGCCAGCUGAGCUAGCCCAAGCUGAGGAGUUGCUAGAGCAGCAGCUGGAGCUGUACCAGGCCCUGCUGGAAGGGCAGGAGGGAGCCUGGGAAGCCCAGGCCCUGGUGCUCAAAAUUCAGAAGCUGAAGGAACAGAUGAGGAGACACCGAGAGAGCCUGGGAGGAGACACCUAA